AUGCCAUCUGCACCCCGCACUGUCACUGCCUUGAAGGCUAGUGAUGAAUUCACUGUUGGAGUGUUGGGGGAUUUGCACAUGGACCCCCGAAAGAUGGAGGAUUAUGAGAUCGGACAUUCACAAUGGGUGCCCAUCCUUGAAGAGGCAAAGGAAGCACACGGCAAUGCCGCCAUUGUUUCGCUUGGAGAUCUGGGAGAGUCCAAGUCUGUGCGACCAAAGGAGACUUCGGAACUCUUUGCUGGAACUACCGAAUGCCACAUGUUGGCAUCCGAAUACCUUGGUUCCUUCGGAGUUCCAUAUGAAGUCAUUGGAGGAAAUCACGACUUGGAAGGACUGGAUGAGUUCCCCACUGAUGAGGCCAACUUGGAAUUGUUCUUGCGUGCCCACAAUAAGCCAACCCCAAACUUUUGCCGUGAGAUUGCCGACAAAACUCUUUUGGUGGGACUUUCAUCUACCGUUUUCCGUGAUGCCGUCUACACUUCCCACGAGGUGACUAUUGACCAGGAACAAAUCGACUGGUUCGAAGAUUUGGUCAAGACUCACCCUGCCGAGGAAGGAUGGAAAGUCUUUAUCUUCACUCAUGCUCCACCCAAUGGAUCUGGAUUGCGUGUCCUUCAGGAGAACCAUGUGGUCAAUGGAUGCUGCUGGUUGAACCACUCCAACGAGGCCCAAUGCCGAAAGUUCAUUGAGCUUGUCCGUGAACACCGUUGCAUCAAGGCAUGGUUCUCGGGACACUUCCACUUGGGACAAGACUACCAAGACUCCAUCACUUUCCCAACCAUUGACCCUAAGGAAGGUCCAUACCCCAACCGUGGAUCAUGUGUCUUUGUCCAGACAUCGGUUAUGCGAGGUGGAACAUCCCGUGAUGGACGUCAGCAGUCUCGUUUGAUCCGAGGAAACAAGGACGGAUUCGAAAUCUGCACCGUUGACCACCAAAAGGACGGUGAAAUCCGGCUGGACGCCACCAUUUCGUACCGUGGCGAUGACAAUGAAGUGGGUGUCUACAAUCACCAAGACGAAGAGCGUGAAAACGAUGAGAAACUUUUCAAGGUCUACCAACCUAGUGCUGGAGAUGCCCUUCACCCACCGGAUGAUGGUUACAUUCCCUACAGCCUUGAUGGCCGCCUUCGUGUCGAUGAAGAAGUUAACAUGGAGACUGCUGCCUGGUGGAAAAUGGCCUGCGGACGUGUCAUGGGAUUGUUGAACGGCAUGUUGGUCGAGUAUGACCGAUCUACUUUGGCUCCUCUGGGACUGAUCGUUGGUGCUGAUGAAUUGAUUGGCAAGCGUAUUGCUGUCAUUGACUCGGGACUUGACGAUGAAAGUUGCAUUGUCGAAAUGGAUGAAAACCCUGGAAUGGAGGGUGCUGAUUGUGCCACCGUCGAAGAUGGUCGUGAGCAGGCUGUCAUCAUGUACGACCCCGAGGAUGGAUCCUGCACUGUUGUCCAACCCAACGAGGAUGGAUCCUACUGGCGCAAGAUUGUCCGUAACAAGAUGGUCCGAAUGAAGGAAGUUCGCCGAAUGAAGGCUGCCAAGCAGUUCGUCAAGGACUUGGGAUUUGAAGAAGAGGAUUCUCAUGUUGUCUCGUCUUGGGGCCCAUACACCACCACUUCUGGUACUGCCAAGAAGACUGGUGUUGCAGGACUUACCACCAAGGCCAAUAUCUAA